CCUACUUCAAUGAAAGCCGUGUUCUCGUUGACGACGGCACAGAUAAAGUGGACAUGGAUGUGUCAUGAGUUUGAACAUGAGGUGGCGAGCAGAUCACGCCGAAAAGUGAUCGAAACACCGCAGACUCACUUCACGCAACGGACAGAGAGAAGCGGGAAAAGUGGAGCUUUGCCUACACGAUCGGCUUCGGUAUCUCAACUUGGGCCCACGUUUUGCUACAUAUGAGCAGACGGUCACCUUCAAUCAUGCGUGGUGACCGCGAGAACUGCUGCUGAACGACGGCGCCUUCGCCAUAAGGUCGCCCUCCCGCCACCUGGAUCCCUAGCCGAUGGAUGACUGACCGGCCCACGGCCGGCGCUAGCGAACUCAACCGAGCAGUCACGAUGGCGGCCGCUUCAGGCGUCGGUCUAAAUGACUCUGAGCGGCUCACGAGCUUUCACUUUCUCAAGGACAAGGAUGAUACAGCAGAGGCUACAUUCACUUUCGGGGGCGUUGGCGACUUCUUCAGCAAGGUUCGCUCGGCCUGGGUCGCUGGAACUGCACCCAAGGAUGAUGCACGCGACGGUGCAGAUGUUGAGGCUCUGGACCCAGUGGCUCCGCAGUGGGCGGAUGUCAGAUCUCCAGGAGAGGCGGAAAUCAUAUGCCUAUUCCUGCCAAGUCGCGAAGGCAGCGUUACGAACGAUGGAGGAAGCAGCAAUCGUGCGCGAAAUACGCCAGCGUCAAGCACGAUGCCAUUCAAGGGUAGAGUCAAAGUGCAGCCAAGCAAGUCAGAUCCGAAUUCUUACAAACGAGGGCAUCGCCAAGCUCCUUCACUUGCGCUGCGCACCAUUGGAUCGAUUGGGCUGUCCAGCUCGGCUGUCGCGUCCAUCACCCCGGCUGUUGCGCUCACGUCUAAUCACUUUUCAUACCUCGCUGGAGCUCCGUCCAUGGUCGAUGCUAGCAUGAUGGUGGAAGAUGGUGUCAGCACUAUAGCUGAUAGUCCUUCGAUCAGCGACCGAUUGCCACAGGGCGAUGGAGAUACCCAGCUCGAUCACAGUGACGAUGAUGCGGACGAAGGCGAUGUACUUGGCUCACUCAAUGUCAACCGACGGUCGGCGUACGGCCUUGGGCUGCACAGGACCCCGUCUCUACCAUCUUCGGAUUCGAUAGCAAACGGAAUGUGGGGCAUGUCCACCAUUCCAGGAUUCCCGCUAUCACGCGGCACGCUGGCAGACGAUGCGCGCAGUAUACACAGUAACAGUGCAGCUUCAACACGCCAGCGCGGGUUGGGUAGCAACAGGUACGACUUUCAAACGGCAAGUAGUGACUAUGGUGGACGGACCACGCCGACGAGCAGCGCGGCGGUACACGGUCUACAGACAAGCGCAGACGCAAUCUGGCGAAGGAUCAGAGGCGAAGGCCUUAGUAAGAAAUUUUGGAUGGCCGAUGAGAAUGUCAAGGAGUGCAGGGAAUGCCUGUCCUACUUUACGCCUUUCAGACGAAAGCACCAUUGCCGACUCUGCGGCCAGAUCUACUGCAGCAGAUGCGCUUCACACAUCAUUCCCGGUGUCCGCUUUGCCAACGAUGGAAUGAUCAGAGUGUGCAACUUUUGCAUGCGCAUGCUGGAAGAGUACGAUGCGGAGGAGGCGGGCUCGACGUUCGGCGGCACAGUGCCCGUUCAUGGCGAGGUGUCACUCCAUAGGCGGCCUUCACUUCGACAUACAUUCACCGGCACCACUAAGGUGCUUCCGGGCAUGAUCUCUGCACCGCUCGAAGCUCAGGUCAAAGCCCCGCAGUCACAGUUCGCUGCUAAUCAUCUCUUCGCACGAGCCAACAUCAAGUCCGAUCAUGGGAUUCCCCAUGGAGCUGUCGCUUCUAUUCUACGUCAGCACGAACGUGACAUACGUGCUUCAGAGCUUGGUGCGGAUCAUGGCGGUGAGGUGACCCCUGGGGUACCCGACGCAGUCAACACCGCCGAUGUACUUGCCUGCUCGCAAGAAGGCGCGCUUUCAUCAGCGCACGACGCGCCAGCGCCGUUCCGGAAAGCGUUGAGAGAGGAGCCCAGCCCGACAUUGGAUGCAGAGGAUCCAGCUCCUGAUAGUCCUCACCCGGCAAACGAACCGUCUUCCGGUUCGAGAGCAGAAGAAGCGCACCAGCAACCGUCCACACGGCCUUCGCUCGCAACGCAAGCGGCUGUGUCGCAUGCCUUGAACAUUCCGUUCCCGAAAUUGUCCACGACCGGCGACAUCGCUUCGGAUCACAAUGUCGCUGCCUUUUAUCAGACUGACAUCUCAAGCGAUCCAAGAGUUCGACUUGUUGGUGAGGGGCUCUCGCACACACGGACUCGCUUGCGAUCCCGCGCCGAUCUGCUUCGGGAUGACGAUAGUCUUCCUCGCUCCGAAGGCCGGCACUACAUGUCCCGCAAGGAGGGCACGCUUGGGUUCCAUCAAGAACCUUCCUCUGCGACUUGGCAGACUGAGCUCAGCAGCGCAAGCCUCGCUCACUUGACCACCAUGGCACGCCAGACACUCCAGCAUGCUAAAAUCAAGGACGUUGAUGAUUGGAGCAAGGUCAUGAUUACUCUCGCGCUCAAAGCAAUUACUCGUGUCAAACCAAAUGCACGCGCCGGGGAAGGUAUGGGCAUCCGUGGAUACGUGAAAAUCAAGCGCAUCCCAGGGGGCAAACCCUCGGACACACAGUAUGUCGAAGGCUUUGUUUGCAGCAAGCAUGUUGCCACCAAGAAGAUGGCGCAGAGCUUGCCGCUGAGCCACGCGCGUGUUAUGGUCAUACAGUUCCCGAUCGAGUUUCAUCGACCAGACACUCAAUUCGUGUCCCUGGAGCCGGUCAUCGCACAAGAGCAAGAAUACACACGACUCCUUGUUGCGAGGAUCCUCGCAUUACGCCCUCAGCUCCUCGUGGUGGAGAAGACGGUCUCACGUCUGGCCCUUGAGAUGCUCGAGGAUGCCGGUGUCAUUGUGGUCUGGAGUCUCAAGGCAAGCGCCGUGGAGGCCAUCAGUCGCUGUACACAAGCCGAUAUCAUUACUUCGGUCGACAGACUAGCACUAGAACCACGGCUUGGGCGCGCAACAGCAUUUGACGUGCAGACAUACAACAUCGUUGGGGUGCCAGAGGCCAGCAAAUCUCUCAUGCGCUUCGAAGGUCUGAAUCGGAAUCUCGGCUCGACAAUUCUUCUUAGGGGUGCAGGACCUGAGAGCUUGCGUCGCGUCAAAGUCAUCCUCGACCUCUUGAUCUUUAUCGCUUACAAUUUGAGGCUCGAGGAGCACCUUAUGCGCGAUGAGAAUGCAGCCUUGCAGCUUGCGCGAGAGCUUCAAGAUACCGAUGAAGUAGUCGCAAGCACGCGAAUUUUGGCAGCUGCCAAACGCCAAAAACGGAUGGCACAGCAAGAAGCGCGAUGCAUCGAAGGAGCGGGGCUAUCUUCCCGAACGCAGCACAUCUUGCAUAUGUACGAUGGAAUACUCGUUAGCGCAUCUGCUGCCGUCAGAGUGCCGCCUCCUUACCCACUGGCCAAGAUGAGGGAGAUCGCCGAUCAUCUCGCGCACCUCAAAAAGCUGUGCGAUGAGGAGGAGGUGGCACGUAUACGUGCAGAAGAGCAGCAUGACAGCGCUGCUAUGACGCCUAAGGCUGAAAAGUCCGCAGCCGAGGGCGGACUUGACGUGUCAUCGGGAAAGUCCAGUGCUUGUCCGUCUCCGAAAUCGAAGGCAUUGGACCUACGAGCCAUCAUGCAAAAGCCAGAAGAGGUUGCUAGGCGCGUCGAGUUCGACACGGAAAGAGCUCGAUUCAGAGCUCAGAUGCGUAGCUGGGAGCAAUACUUGGACCGCUGUCCCGAUGCUGUUACACCCUUUGCUCAUCAACGGCUGGUCAUGCUGGCUGUGACCUCGUGUUCGAGCACAUCGAGUCCCUGCAGUGGCCCAUCGCUCCACCAAGUCGAUUACUACGGCUUUGGCGACGAGACGCUCGGCCAGUACCUUGAACGCCACUGCAAUGAUGCUGGGCUCAUUUGCCCUGCUAACGGCUGCGACAAAGAAAACCUUCUGCACUACCGUAGCUACGUGCACAAUGAUACGAGAGUACAGGUCAUGAUGGAGCGCUUCGUGUGUCCCAUCCCUGGGAGCGAGGGUCGCCUCUUGGUCUGGUCGUACUGCAAAGAGUGCGGAGUCGCCACUUCAGUGUCGCCCAUCAGCGAAGAAACGUGGUCGUACUCUUUCGCCAAGUAUCUCGAACUACAUUUUUACGCUGCUGACAAUUGUCGCACAUCGGUGUGCACCCAUCAUUUUUUUCGGGAUCAUGUUCGCUAUUUCGCGUACCGGAACCUUGCCAUACGCUUCCACACUGAUCCUAUUCAGACCCUUGAGGUCACAAUGCCAAACUUGCGCCUGCUCAGCCGGCCUGACUUGCGCUGCAAGAUGAAGAAUGACGAGGCAUUAAAGCUUCAACAGAAGAGUAUGGCAUACUGGAAUAGCGUGCUUGCUCGUCUCGAAGCGUUGAGCGUUGAAGUCGGGGUCGAACGCGAUCAAGCUACGCGGCAAAAUGGUCAAGCGAUGCUCACUGACUUGAUGGCAAGGUUCAAGGAGGAUUCUGACCAGAUGGACUCUGCCUUGCGCAAGGCAUACUUGCAGAGCUCGGCAACCACGGCGUUGUCACUGAACGUCGUUGUGCGACAACUUCAGGACAAGGUCGUUCAAUGGGAUGUGGCAUUUGUCGAAUUCGAGCGAAACUUCCUCCCUUGCGAAAAGGACGUCCGGCGCUUGACAGCGAGUCACCUGAAGCGCAUGUUUUCGGAAAGGGAGAACGCUGAGAGACUCGGAGACAGGCUGCCAACGGCAGCUGAGCUGGACGAGCAUGCGGGCGACAGCUCAGAAGCACCUUCAAGGGCUGAAGGCGCGAGCCCACCAGUCGGCACACUGCCAAACGAUUCAUCUCUCACCGUCGGGUCCGAAAUUGCGGCGCAGGGCAUACCACAUCCCAGAUCGUCUGCACCUCCAGGGUCUCCAAGGCGAGAGGGCAGCGCAGCAGUUGCAUGCGGGGGGAAUACGUCAGCGGACGAAUCAGCGGUCGAAAGCCUGCGACCCCGUCUGCCCCGGCCCCUUGCUCUUGAUGAGAGCUCCUGUACGGAGAACGACUUGAGUAGCAACGUCUCCGGAUUGGUGAAACGCUUUGAGAUUCCGGCUAAGGGGAAAUUAUUUGCAAGUUCAGCUGCUGAGGAUACUCCUAGGCUUUCGGCCUGUCGGCCUCAUAUGCGACGCCUCAAGUCCGAGCAAACUCCUGGCCCAGUGAAGAGGAUCGCAAGCAUACCUCAUCCCAUGCACUCUGACAAUGAGGACGUCAGGACGCCGGCAGCGCAUAGUCAAGCAACCACUCCUACUGUAUCUCGACGAGGCUCCGCUCGUGAUAGUCCGAUAGCGCGCACAGCAGGUGUGCAGCGUACGCGCUCCAACUCCAGGCGGCUCGACGGUGAUAGAGCCCCUGUCGCCAAAGCAGGACCGCCUCCGAGCAGCUAUCGUCCCCCUCGCAUGAAUGAGACUGCGCGUAGCGGGCGCUCGAAUAGUCGUCCAAGUACAAACCGCUCGGGAGGCACCUUGAGCCGCAAGAAUUCGUCUGAUAAUGAGCGCUCCCAGCCCCAAGGGCCAUCAGGAAGUAUAGUCAAGCAGCGUCCAAACAGCAAAGAGGCUUCGAAAGACACAGUCUUUCCCAGCCGCUUGCCAACGAGCACUCGCAAGGAUACAGCGGGGGCCAGAAGCAAAGUCUCAACAAUUGCGCGGCACUUUGAUCGCAUCAGUCGGGAAGCCGAGCGUGAGCGAGAGCACCAGCGCCAGGCGAUGGCAUCUCGCGCUCGCCGCGCGAGGCCGGUAGCAUUCACACAGGCCCGUGUCGAGGUCUUUCGCAGCGUUCGCGAUGCUGUUAAGGAUGAUGAGAGCGAUAGCGACCGCAGCUCGGAAAGCUCCAAAGCAGGCGAUGCUGAAGACGAGGAUGAAGAUGGCACUGAUUCAGAAACAGUUGCAGACCAUUCAACGGCCAGCCAAGUUGUUCCGCCCACCGCUGCCGGUGAUGUCGAUCCCGGAGAUGAUCGACCAGACAGGCUCACCCCUCCCACGGACGUCAUGACAAUCCAGACUCGCAUGGGCGGCGAGAAGGGCCAGGACCCUGAUGCGAGUUCUGUUACUAGUCAGGGUCAAUCGUUCAUGUCGUCUACACUCCCAACGCACGCUCGGAGUUUCCUGCUCUCGGAUGGCGAGACGUCGGGCUACGAGCGAGGUUCUCUCAUCAAGGCGAUCUCAGGCCUCUGGGCCGUGCGCGGUGGAGAGCCUGUCCCGCUGUUGGAAUAUCCCAUGCUCGCAACGGAGCAUGUGUUUGCAGACUCGCAGAUCAUUGUGCGCGAGGACGAGCCCUCGUCCAUCAUCGCAUUUACGCUCAGUUCCAAGAACUACUCGGACAAGCUGAAAAGUCUGCAGAGCAGCACUGCACGGCUAGCGGAUGUGGACGAGUCGUUCAUGCCAGGGGACACGACUGAGAGUGAAGGGUGGGGCUUUGUGAAUGCGCCCAUGCCUUCCGAACCGAAUGACCUAGAGAUGGCCAUGAAGCGAGCGGGAGGGACGCAUUUCCGCUUUGAGUUCGAAUCGGGCUCGUCAAGCUUCUGGUGCCGCAUUUUCUUUGCCGAACAGUUUGAUGCGCUACGCCGCUCGUCCGGGUGUGGAGAGACGAUUAUUGAGUCGCUCAGUCGUUGUCUCAAGUGGGACAGCUCUGGCGGUAAAUCAGGCGCUGCAUUCCUCAAAACGCGGGAUGACCGAUUGGUCGUCAAGCAGCUCUCGCGAUACGAGAUGGAUGGGUUUUCCAAGUUCGCGCCUGCGUAUUUCGAUUACAUCGCCAACUGCUUCUACCGCGACCGGCCAACGACGCUGGCAAAGAUCUUUGGCUGCUUCCGCAUCGGCUUCAAGAAUCCGCAGACGGGCAAGACGCUGAAGAUGGACUGCCUUGUGAUGGAGAAUCUAUUCUACGGGCGUGAGAUGAGCAAGAUCUUCGAUCUGAAGGGCAGCAUGCGCAAUCGUCACAUCCAGCAGACGGGCAGGCCAAACGAGGUGCUGCAGGAUGAGAACCUGGUUGAGCUCGCUCAUCAGAACCCGCUAUUUGUGCGAGAGCACUCGAAGCGGCUGCUCAGGGCUGCCCUCUGGAACGACAGCCUGUUCCUGGCAGACAUGAAUGUGAUGGACUACUCGCUCGUCGUUGGCAUGGUCAAGGACAAGUCGGAGCUCGUCGUGGGCAUCAUUGACUUUGUCCGCACGUACACUUGGGACAAGCGCGUGGAGAGCUUUGUCAAAGAGGCUGGCUUACUCGGCGGCACGGGUAAGGGCGAGCCGACGAUCAUCACACCGCGGCAGUACCGCAGCCGCUUCCUCGCCUUCCUCGAUCGCAGCUUUGUGAUGACGCCUGACGCGUGGUUGCCCUCGACUUGGGCGCAUCAGUAGAGUUUGUUCGUUGACCGUUAUAUCCAUCCUUGACUUGCGACUCCCAGCAAGCAGAGCAUGUAGCAUGUUCGAUGGGAUGUCAGUAGGGCAAUGUUCACAGCAUGAAUUGGUCCGUAAUAUGCACUUUGUUGUACUAGCAUAUAAAGGUUACAGCAACCAUAUGAUGGUCA